ACGCAAGUCACACUGGCGGUCAGGGCGUACGUUAGUCAUCGGCCUCAUUGUCUUCUUACUCUUCCCGCGCGCUCCCUCCCUCGACGCCGUAUGGCUCUGACAGUUUUUCUGCAUUGUAUUUUGACGAUCUGCACACUGUCGAAUAUGUUCGCUGAAGCACACAUGGCGUCCCUGGGCACUGAUGUCAGCGCGGAGGAGGGCGGGCUGCCGCCCCGCUGCGUCUUCGACGCGCUGGCCCUCGAAGCGGGCGUCGCCGCCCGCCAGCGGCCCCGCCGAGCCUGGGCCACGGUGCAGGCGGCAGCGGCGGUGCGCAGGCCGGCCCCGCUGAGCCCCCGCACCGCCCUCGCGCUGCAGCUGGGCCGGCGUGCGCGCCUGCCCGAGCGGCCCCCGCGCCCCGAGGCACAGCAGACACCAGACCAGGCCUGCCUGAGGGCGAGCGAAGUCCUCUUCAACGCGCUUGCGCUCGACAUCGGAGGCGCGACGAGGGGCCUCCCGGAACGACGCUCUGGGCCUCCCUCGGUGAGGCGUCGCAGGAAGAUGCUGGAGGCGGCCGCGCUGGCGGAGCGCAUGAAGGUGCUGGAGGCGGCGGCGGCCGCGGAUGCGCUCCUCGGCCAGCGCGACAUGGACGAGGACCGCAGCGAGACGGUCACGACCAGGACGACCAGCGGCAGCCUGACGGCGGUCGGCUCCGCCGGCAGCGCGCCCUCCACGCCGGGGGGGGCGCUCCUAGGCGGCCUGCUGCUCUGAGGGGCCCCAGCCCGCCUCGUGCGGCCGCCCCGCGCAGCAAAAGGCGGGGGGGCACGCCCGCCAGCUCAGGAGGCCAGCCCGACCCGACGCCCUGUUCGAUCCGAU